AACUCUGAGAGCCAGUACGAAAAUGGCUCCACUGAUUCCAGAUAUUAUAUAAUUCAGCUCUACCUUGAUUCAUUGGCUCACAAUUUCGCUUCUGGAAAAAAAAUGCUAUUCGUCAAUGAAAAAAAAAAAAAAAUUUUUUUUAAAGCUGUGGUGAAAUUUAAUGACCUAUUUUUCAAGCAGACUAAAAAUAUAAAUUACCUUUCUUAAUCGCUGGUUACCGCAAUAAACCUUACCUGUUGCUGUAGCGACGACUGCGUCAUCACUUGAAGCAAAUCACCUACUCCGGUUUUUUAACUCAUCACAUUUUCGAUCAAAAUUUAAUUCAUCAACUUUCUUCAUGGAACACAAAAAGGGCUCAAUAAUGUCGGAGCGAGAACAAUUUAGAAGAUAUCUUGAAAAAGCUGGGGUCCUAGACGCUCUGACAAACGCAAUGACAGCACUUUACAGCGAGGAUGAUAAACCGGACAAUGCCAUGGAUUUUUUGAAGCGUCACGUCAUCGCUCAGGAAGCCGAGACUCUUGCCUCUCAAAAAGCUGCACUGCAGCAAAAGUGCCAGCUUCUCGUGGAGGAAAAUCAGAAGCUGAGGAGCAAGCUGAUGCAGUACGAGCCAUCACCUGAAGCUGCGGACGAAAAGGGAUUGUAAAAAUCCCUAUUUUGGACUACAAAUAAUCAUUUUUUUGUUCACCUAUCUAGGCCAGCGACAUAGAAGGACAGGCAGUUAAAUGCAAUUAAAUGCCCUUCCACUAGAUGGCAGAAGGUGCAAAUAAUGUGUAUCCACGCUGUCGCUCAUACAACAGAAUAAGAGCUUUGCGCUCAACUGAACAGGGUCGCAAAAAGACCGCAUCAUUCCGUCAUCAUUCAUUGUAGAAGUAGUUUUCAUGAGCAUCAAGUGCACAGGAAACUUCUCGAAGGGUUCCGGCAACAGAACACGAAAAGCGUUGUAUGCGUGAACGUCGGCUGCGUUCGGCUUGAAUUCAUUUCCGCUGCUUACGUAAACGUCCGCUUCGACAUGAUGGAUUUGCAUCUGAGCUUUGCCAGGCCCUCAGGGCGACUUCGGUCGAAACAGAUACUUGGGGAACAAACAAACAAACAAACAAACAAACUGGGGGGAAAUAGAAGUACUGGUUCGACUCCUGCCCUUAAGCAAAAGUAAAACAGUACAGACAAAAACCAAAACCUUUUUGCCGUUCUAUACAAUACCCAUUUUGAUAACAUGGCACAACAGAAGAAAAGCUGUGCACACAAAAUAGUUGCACUCUUUUAU